AUGGCCCUUCGAUGGUCUCCUAUAUUAGCCAAAGCUGAAGCCCAUGAACAUUCACUUCCCGCCGAGCCGAAUGAGUUAGCAUCUACGUGCGCCGCGGGUGCCAAAGAAGCAGAUAUCUACAAGAGGCACCCAAAAGUCGCAAAGGCGGAAACAGCAGGCCUACAGGAACUGAAUUCUUUUACAAAGGCAGCGGAGCAGUCACAGCCAGUAGUUAAGGUGGAACAGCUGUUGUCAAGCCUCCGGAAGCGCUUUGAUGACGUCCACGCUGAGGUUAAGAGGCGGACCGAAGAGGUGGCCCGUUAUAAAGAAGGCAUUCGGCAAGCAGACUCUGCUGAGCACCAAGUCACAAACGACAGGGCUCGCAUACACCAACGUGCUGAUGAAUUGACGCAAUCGCUCUCAUUGCUGAAUAAAAAGGUUGCAGAAGCUGGCUACACAAAGAAGGUUUACAUGCACAUCCUUCAAAGGACAAAGUUUGAGAAGGAUGCGGUUCGACAAAAAAACGUGGUGCUUCAGGGCAGACUGAAGUCCUUAGGUCUUGAACUAAAAGAAGAGCGUGGUGCUCUAGAGAAGCAACAAAAAAAGAAAAGCAGAGCUGUUUUUGAGCUGAAGCAAUUGGAACAGGAACUCCAAGGAGAAAGAAUCAUACGCAGUCAAGGUCUCAAAGAAAUCGACGAAGCUAUUGAGUAUAAGAGAGCUGCAAUAGAGAAAAGGCAAGUGCGCAUAAUGAAUGAUACGCCGCAGGAUGAGGCACUUUUGAUCUUUGAACAGCUUCUACACGGCUUUCUCCAGGGAAUGGCUGAUGUUAUGGAAAUCGUCAACAAAUUUUUAAAUCGAGACUUAGAGAAUCAAAAGCUAAAGCUCCUGGCGGAAGAAGCAGAAAAGAAACUCGAGGCCCUGGAUGCACAGUCGCAGUCCUGGAACAAAACAUUUUACGAUCAUGCAGAGCGAUACAAAAUGUUGAAGCGCACUUUAGGGGACGUCGAUCAGGCUAGGCGAUGCGCAGCUAGUAUUAACGCUAGACUUGUGCAACUUGGCAUUGAGGUUCCAUGGGAUGUUAAUGCGGAGUCGUCGUUAGAGCACUACUUCCAGAAUCUCUGUGAAUAUAGCAUUCCAAAAUUAAUCAGUCUUUCCGAUACACUUGCGGACAGCAACAUUUAUGACAAAGGUGGUGCUAAUGAGGAGGCAUUAUACAAGUGUGCACCAAUCCUUCAACCGCCUAUGAUCCCCACGGAUUCUCAGGAGGAAGCUACGAUGUGA